CAACUUCAUCCAUGACAUUACGGUUUCUCACAAAAACACUUCUAGCUGUUUUCUCUGUUUUCGCCCUCGUUUGGGCGCUGUGCUCCUGUUCUUGAAUUGUUGUGCUCAGAAGUUCUUGUGCAAAAAAAAACAAAACGAAAUUUGAUUUGUGUUGCUCUGUGCUACCCAUAUACUGGAGACAAAUCUCUUACUCUUUCUUUCCCGACCUUGCCGCCUCCUCGUUUCAACAAAGACAGUUUCACUUCUACACAUCCGCUGGCUACCGGGGUUUUGUGCUGGGAUAACGUCGCCGGGCUGCCGAGGUGGGCUGUUGCGGUGCGGUGCUGCUAAUCUCAUCCAUUCAGUCGCAAGAACUGGCUGUUGUUCUUUUCACAGUAACGCUCGCAACAUCGCAGUUCGUCUGCUGUCGCAAAGUAACCGCGGUUUUUUUUCACUGGCUACGUAAGAGUUCCUUGCUUUGCGACGCGUCCUGUCGUGUCCACUCCUCACCACACCUCCGAACAAGCGCGAUGAAGCGGGGUAGCACACAGCACCUGUUGUUCGAGCGGUUUAGCUCCUUAAUGUCGGCCACCUGCUCUGCGUUGGCCCUGGAUCUGGACCUGCUCGGGGAGCAGGACGCCAAGCUGAAACAGAUGCUGGCCUUGAAGUCGUCAGAGAUCGCGAUUCUGGCCCCGGCGCAAAUUUUGCAGCUGGUCAACGUGGUCAAGGAUGUCGCGGCUAAAUCGGGCAUCGAGCGCUACGUGCCGCAUCGGGUCACGGGAUGGCUGCAACAGGUACUAUUUGUUUGAUGGCACUGCGGAGGGAUCUACUGAUACUGUUCGGAUAUGCAUUAUCUGCAGCUUCGGUGGUUUUAUGGACCGAUGUUGACGACACGAAAAGACGACCUCCCGGGAUGAUAGGUUUAUCACUCAGUCAGUCCCUGCAGCUGCAGUGUGACAAAGGAUAUCACUUUUAUCACAAGAAAGAUGAACAAAACGAUGAAAACAGGCUGCGGACAAAAUUACUUCGGCGAUAUUGAUUGACGAUGAGGAGGAGGUGGCGAAGCCGGAACCCAACUCCCUCAAGCGUGUCGAGCGUAUUGAUCGUUUUUCGUGCCAGCCUAUCGGUCGUUUGACGUGACGGUCACGAUAACGACUGGUAACGAUGACAAUGAUGAAACGCAAAGAAAAAUGCAGGAGAUCAUAAGUAUAGAAACUGCCGGAUGAAAUGAAAAACAGGCUCCUACUGUCUGCUGGAAGGGCUCGGCGCGGAGGAGAUCGACGAAAUGGCUGCUAUGGUGAAUGAUUCGUACGAUUCCGACGAUCUUUGGGUCGCGUGAGUACGCAGUAAUAUCACCAAAGCAUUCAUCACGACAGCGGAGACCUGCUGCUGUGGCAGCUACUGACGUCGAAAACGGAAUUAGAAAAAGAAGCAACUUCAAGAGAUUAGGAUUCCACCUGUGUAACAGUAUAAUUGUCGAAGACUACAUCUAAUUACGUAAAGGAGCUUCAUCCUCCGAUUUUGUGCAGAAAACAGAACUUCAAAGAUGCUAAGGGCUGAUAUGAAUACUCAUGAUUUUCAGUGGUGCGUGGAGCGGCUACAAAAGACACCCUUCGAUGUUGUAGCAACAAUGCCAGCAAAAAAAUUCAAAAGUAACACAUUCCGACGUAGUAGAACUUCAAUUUUUCUGGGACUUUGAAAUUGCAACUUUUUGACAAUUCUGACCCCCACGCCGACAUUCUUUCGCCGGUUGAAAUCGUGACCGCCUCCUCCUCUACAUCGAUAGUUUAUUUAUUCCGAAGGAUUUUCAAUGAUUUUCAAGACGAUGAUUUGUUUCAAGAGCGAUAGGACACUAAAUUCUUCAUACAAGAGCUGAUACAUUAUUAUUAUUUAUGUAAAUUUGACAUCAACCACUGCGAAAGUUCAAGUCGUGCUACCUCGUUUAGUACCAAAAUAAAACGAGCUGUAACAAUAGACAAUAGAUUUGAUGCGCUCCAAAAAUCCUAUGAGACUGGAGCAGAGGUUUUAUCGGAUAUCCCCCGGCAUUGAAGAAACAGCAUCAUUUUCCUAGAAACCUAAAUUCAGAAGUUCAAUGUCAAAUGAGACGAGGAUAGGAUGAAGCUCAAGCUACCUCAACAAAAAAAUAUCUGAAGAGCUAUAUUUUUGAAAAGCUGCGGGAAAGUCUAAGCAGUGCCAAUCCUUACCCUUCAUUGUUGAAAAAAGGACUCGCUCCGUAAGACAACGGGCAUCUAUGUACAUUACGAUUUUUUAGUUCUCCACGCGGCUAUUUACUGCUACAAUCACUGCGAACAUCAACUAAUUGAAUUUGCUACCCUCAUAUGUUGGAAGUAUCUCGAGAGAAAAAGUCCCCCGGGAAAGGGAAUAAAGUAUUGAGGAUUCGACUUUUGGUUAGGAUGAUUCUACUGCUGGUUCUGGCUCUCGCACUACCUCUUCAGCGCGCAGCGACGGCAAAAACCCGCACUGAGCAGUAAACGAAGGCAAACCGCCGCAGCUGGACUCAUCGAAACAGAGCAGGCUCACCUUCCUGUCGUGCGAAGAGAGUAGAUAAUGUUAUGAACGAAAGUACUAGGCUAGUGUUUGUGUCAUCAAAAAUGUAUUGCUCUACUUUUUCAAGUAAUUUUCCUUUACUGAUUUUCAGAACUGCAUUCACGCUGAUGUCAUUGGAGCCAGAGAUGGUUGCAUUUAUCACCAUCAAGACCAUACUUUUUCAAAACUUUUAGCACGGAACUGAUGAAUUAAUAUCCUUGUCAUGGGACGCGGAGCAUUUGGUUGAUUGCAUAUCAACUCAGAUGCACUUUGAUAAAAUGGACGAGCCUGUUAGUCUUAGUUCGCGUUACCUGCGAAAAAUAAAUUGAUUCCUAUAUCACAGCAGCAACGCAGAACUCUACCGCUUUUUGCGAUGUGGAAAAAUUUGAAGAAUAUGUCAUGCACGUUCGAUAAUUUUCCUCUGUGGCAGCGCGAGCAUCUCUUUGUCUACGGUACGUAGAUGAAGCUGGAAUGCUUCGGGGGAAGAAGAAGAUGAAAUUUUGAAAAGCGACCACGGCACCUAUGCCCGGCAAUUCGUGGAAAGGCGAUUGUUUUUAGCUUUGCUUUCUUUGGACACCGCCAACAUAAUUGCUUUCCUGUCCGGCUUCGGAUUCACCUGAAGCCGGAUUUGGAUUGCAGUCCUGAAGUAGAUCUACAACUAUUCUGCAGGCAGUAGGCGGGGUCAGCGCCAGCCGCAAGUCCACCUGCCUGGACACGCAGCAGGCGCAGCUCAACUUGUACGAAGGCCUCACGCACUGGACUCUACGACAUUACUCCUCGAUAGGCACUUGUAGUUCUGGAAGCUCACCACAGACCGACCGCUUGCUACAGCAGCACAACACAUUACCGAUGUUGCGGGUAGCCAGCAGUCGGAUUUAUCAUUUUCAACUUUACUAAGUAGCUGUACCACAUAAAAAGAGAAUCAAAAUCAAAAUCCAGGAUUGAUGCGGUAUGAAUAAAAAGCAGCUCUUGUUGUGUACACAGGUGUGAAUAAGGACAAACAUGAAGCGAUUUCAGACGAUGUAGUUUCACGCGUUUUUGAAAUACG